AUAUAUAUAAUUUAUCAUGCAAUAGAAAUUUUUAUUCUUUCUAAACGAACAAUCUUAUAUUUCAUCAAAUAUGAAUAUCCUGCCAAAGAAAAGGUGGCAUGUACGUACUAAAGAAAACAUUGCUCGCGUACGUCGAGAUGAAGCAAAAGCCGCGGAAGAAGAGAAGAUCCGACAAGAGCGUGUACGAAAAGCUGAAACUGAAGCAAGAAUUAAUUUUCUAAGAGAAAAAGCAAGAACAAAAUACGAUGGACGAACAGAAACAUCGAAAACUGAAAUUGAAGCGCAUACCUCUGAAUUGGAACACGUUAAUUUUUUUGCCGAUCUUGAACAAGGAAAAGUUGAUUACAGUAAACCCAAUAUAGAGCACGAAAGGGAGAAAAAAGAAGAAAGAGAGAAAUAUGAAAAACAAAUCGGUUAUCUUACAUACCUUGGGCAAGAUACUAACGAAGCAACCGGUAAGAAGAACUGGUACGAAGAAUUACCCCAACGAUUAACGGAUACAGAGAAGAAUGUAGAGAUAGAAGUAAAAAAGAAAGCAUUGGAUGAUCCGAUUCAUGAUAUCAGAAAAUAUUUGAACCUCAUGGGAGCAACCUCUACGGAAAAAGCUUCUAAACCUACGUCAGAUCCUGUUAAAAGAAAGAAAGAUGUUUCAGAAGAAACUGAUUCGGAUUCAAAUGAAGAUGAUGGAAGUUCGAAGAAGCGUAAACAUAAAAGAUCUAGAAAAAAUAAGAAAGACAAGCGCAAAUAUAAAGAAAAAUCUAACGUUGAUAUAGAAAAAUUACGAACAGAAAGAUUGUUAAGGGAACAGAGCGAAAAGUUAAGGACGGAAGCAUUGUUAGCUAAAUUAAGAGGAGAUCCAGUGCCAGCUGUAACACCAGAAACACCGCCUAAGACAGUUAUUAAACAAAAGUAUAAUUCGCAGUUCUUUCCUGAAAUUGCUAGACAAAAUGCUGAAAGAACCCCUAAUGUACAUACACAUUUAAUGAAGGAAUAAGAUAAUGUAAGUUGAUUUCUGUUUCAUAAUACCGUGCUAUAUACCCUCUACUGUAUACCCUUUAUUAUUGUACGUACAGUAUAAAUAAUUAUUUCUGGUUUUACAUUAUUUUAUAAUAUCAAUGUUUUUAUGUAGUAGUAGUUAUCAGUACUGCCAAUAAAGUGCUGAUAAAUGAAAUUAUAUAUAAAUAGAGUCUGAGAAGAAAACGCGAGGAGGAAAGAAGCCGCUGAUACACGCCGCGUGCUGUUUCACGUCGAUUGAUAUAUAUAUAUAAAUAUAACAUGAUAUUCCUAAGCAAGUUC